UGUGUGCGAGUGUGUGCGCGUGAGUGAGUGAGUGAGUGAGUGUUGCUCCUUCGCCGGCUCCAUGUGAGAACCGUAUUUAUGCAAAGGAAAACACGCUUGCUUGUGACAAAAUCUUUUCCAGGCUCUGCUUUUAAACAUGAAGAGUUAAGGGAAUGUGUUGGGACUAUUUAUUUUUUUUCGAAACAGUGCGCAAGUUCAGCGCAACUCUUCCACGGAGGAAUAAACCUGGGGGCGCGUGCGCGGAUUUCGAGGCUCUCGCGCACUGGAUAAAGUGAACGGAACAAACCGUGCACACAGGUGGGGUUUAGAGCGGUUUAGCUGGAGGUGAAGCAGGUUAAAGUGGGACUUGUCUCCUGAACACUCGAGGUUCGGAUUGCUGCUGCAGAUAUGCAAAGCUCCUGAUCACACGCCAGCCAAAAGAGAACUGCCGGCCACAGAGGAGAAUCUUCAGGAGUUUUGGAAAUACCGGAUACUGUGGCUGCUCAUCGCUAUAUCUCUGACCACCCAAUCCUGUGAAUAUCGGAGGGAAUUUCCAACAUUCAUGUGUGGCAAAGUUGAGUCCAAUCUCCAGAAGGAUGUUUUUUUUGAGUGAAUGAGAGUGCAUUUAUCUUUGUGGUGCCCGUGUCAGACCAUACAGCUGACCUGUCAAGAGGGAACAUGCCUCUUUAACAGACAAUUACCAAACAAAUGAGUUGUCGCCAUGCUGCCCGGGAUGGUGCGUGUAUUGCAUGCUCUUCUCCCCGUACUGGUUUUGUCUGCAGUCUCCCAGAGCUUCCCAUCACCGCGCCACUAUCCAGUGUUUGUGCGCAACUACACACAAUUCGAGCAUCUGGCUCUCCACCCUGAACCAGAACUGGGGCGCAUUUAUGUGGGUGCACGUGAUCGUCUGUUCCGGUUAUCCUCAGACCUGCACCUGGAGGAGGAGGUGGAGACUGGGCCUGUGACGGACAGCCGUGACUGCCUGCCCCCAAUCAGUGUCACAAGCUGCCCGCAGGCACGACCAACCAGCAACCACAACAAGCUGCUGCUUAUUGACCCUUACAGCAAAGUUCUGAUCAGCUGCGGCAGUGUGCACCAAGGCACUUGUCAGAAGCGAGACCUGGAUGCCAUUGGUUCUGUGCUCUUUUUAGCCCAGAGGCCUGUGGACACGCAGUAUGUGGCAGCCAAUGAGCCUGAGGUUUCCACCGUGGGAUUGGUGGUGCCCCCACAUGGAGCACGACAGUCAGUUCUGUACGUGGGUCGUGGCUAUACCAGCAGCCAGCCGCCCAUCUCCACACGCAACCUAGCUACUGAACCUAUUUUCUCAUAUGAAGAAACAGCAAAGCUAACCGUGGUUGGACGGCUUUCAGAAUACGACCACCACUUUGUGGCCUCUUUUGCACACAAUUCCCAUGUCUACUUUCUAUUUUACCGCCGUGAUUUGAAGUCAGAUGGGCGUGACUACCAAACGUAUGUGUCUCGCGUGUGUCUGGAUGAUAUGGCGUACUACUCAUACGUAGAGGUUCCACUAAGCUGCCGCUCGGCAGCCGGGAAGAAAUACAACUUGCUACAAGCCGCUCGACUGGGACUCCCCAGGGCAGGAGAAACUAGAGGUGUAGAUGAAGAACUUCUGCUGGGGGUUUUCUCCACACGUUCUGCCUCAUCCUCCAAGCCCAGCAACGAGUCAGCCCUGUGCAUGUUCUCCCUGCCGGAACUGGAUAAACACAUCGACACCACUCGAGAUCUCUGUUACACAAAAGUGGGCCACCAAGAUGGAACUGAGGCUGCCUAUAUAGAGUACGAGGUGAAAUCAAACUGUGCCAGUUUGCCACCAACCACUCUAGAAGCUUACCCAUGUGGUUCUGACCACACUCCAAGCCCAAUGGCUAGCAAAGUCGCUGUGGAGGCCGAGCCGAUAUUGGACAGUCCUUCUGCUCGUCUUACUGCGGUUGCUAUUAGCGUCAAAGCAGACUACACCAUUGCUUUUCUGGGAGACUCUAAGGGCAAUUUACACAAGGUGUUUUUGGGUCCUAACGGUGAGGUGGAAGAAUAUGCCAUUAUUCCCAUUCAGCCAAACGCAGCAAUCAGCAGUGAGCUGACUCUCGACCAAUCAGAGGAGCACCUGUACAUCAUGACCAGCACUAUGCUGGAGAAGAGGCCUGUCGCUGAGUGUCACCUGCACACGGACUGUCAGUCUUGUCUCUCAGCUCGAGACCCUUACUGCGGCUGGUGUGUCCUGGAGGGGAGGUGUGGUCAACGUGGAGAGUGUGCACGUGGGGAGCAGGAAGAUCAGUGGCUAUGGAGUUUUGAUAUGGAGCAGCAGUGUCUGACUGUACAAACCAUCACACCAUCAAACAUCAGCAGAGAGGAGAGCAGGACAAUCUCUCUGUCCAUUCCUGGUCUCCCGAGGCUAGAGGAUGGGGAAUCAUAUUCCUGUUUCUUCCAAGACACUUUCUCUCCUGCCACCAUCACUGAAAGCGGGGUCACCUGCCCCUCACCAGACCCCCAGAGAGUUCCCACUGUAUUACCAGGACAUGAUUUUUUAACAGUCACAUUAUCUGUACGGUUUGGCGAUGUUAUUGUGACUUUUCAGGAAUUCACCUUCUAUGAUUGCAGAGUUGUCAAACAGCUCUCAGGAAGUAUGCCUUGUCAUGGCUGUGUGUCAAGCCCUUGGGGUUGUAACUGGUGUGUACACGAGCAUGUGUGUACCCACAGGACACACUGUGAGGAAGGAGUCAUCAUUUACAACGAAAAUUUCAAAGUCCCCGCACCCUCCCCUCCUCCAAGUAUAUCUGACAAGAUUGCAACCGUCACCAUGAAAUAUGCACUUCAUACCACCACACCACCUACUAAGCCUCCAACUACACCUCCAACUACAACCACUGCACCUACAACGACCACAACUACUACCACUCCAACCACUCAAGCUACAACAACUACAACUACACCAGUGACAACUACAACCAACACACCAGCCACCACCUCCACUCCGACUAUAUUGCCCAUAAUUCCUGAACCCACUGUUGCCCCCACCUCCCCCAUGUUGCCAACCCUCCCAUCUCAAAUCACAACCACAACUCCCCCAGCCUCCACGCUGCCUGUUCUGAAGGAGCGUACCUCAGAGGAGAUACUGCUAGCCUCUGAGACAGAGGAAGAAACCCUUAGAGAAGCCAACAGUGUUGUGAUUACCAUCUCCAGCCUGGACACUGGGAUGGAAACAGAGCCACCACUCAUCGAUGCAGCAGACAGGGACCAGCAGAUGACUUCAGUGUCACCGACACAAACUGAGGUGUUUCCUAAAGAAGUCACGCCACUGGUGGAACCAGUAACCAAUGCUCCAGAAUUACCUAGCAGUCCACAGCUUGUAGAAGAAUCUCCUCCCCUGGCUGAGCCUCCUACUGAAACUCAAAACAUAACAGAAAGUCUGGAGUCUGUGGUAGAAGAUUUUAAACCAGGCAGCUUACUGCCUACAGAGCCUGCUGUCCUACCAUCUGAUUUACCUGUUCACUCAGAGACGGAAGCAGAACCAGAGGUGCUUCACAUUCCCCUAGAGGAAGCGGGCAUGGCUGAAAAUGACACCACUUCAUUUUCAGCAGCUACAGUGCUGUCAGGUGAUGGAGAAUUAGACCACGCCUCUCCUGGCUACCCUCGCUUCUCGGAUGUAGAUUCUGAGACAGACUACCAGUAUGACAUGGCAAACCUACCGCAGGGAGAUGAGAGCUUGCUUGAGAAUUGGGGUUCAUCUGCAUGUCCUUGUGUUGAGAAAGUCCAGGGUUCACCACUGCUGCCUGUAAAGACAGAGAGGAAGAUCAAUCUGUUGGCCCGCAACCUUCAUCUCUAUCAGGACCAAGACUUGGAGUACGAGUGUGUCUUGGUGAUUGAGGGACAGACUGUGGUGGUGGACGCCUAUGUAGAGAGAGAUAGAGAGAACCUCUCUCUCUUUGAUAUUACCUGUCAGCACCACCAGUAUUCCUACUCAGCCUUGGUGGAGGAGUACAACGCCAUGGUGUAUGUGAAGAGGAGAGACACUUUUCAUGUGGACAGCGCUAAUGACCUCUUUGUAACUUUGUACAACUGUUCGGUGGGCCGUUCAGACUGCAGCCGGUGUCACACAGCAGAUCACAAGUACGACUGUGUGUGGUGUGGUGAGGUUCAGUCAAGCUGUGUGCACAAAGAGGCCUGUUUAAAUAUGAAAGUCAAAGACCAAUGUCCCGCUCCUGUCAUUAGUUCCAUCGAGCCUCUAACAGGGCUGAAGGAGGGAGGAACCAUUCUCACCAUCACUGGCUCUAACCUGGGCCAGAAAGCUCAUGACAUCUUACAGUCAGUCACCGUGGCUGGCAUUUCCUGUACAGUCAAACCAGAAUUGUAUGAGAUAUCAUCCAGAAUUGUGUGUAUAACAGGAGAAAGCAAAGAGGAAAAGUCAGGUCACGUCUCAGUAGAAGUGUCUGGUGCAGGGCACAAAGGUCUCUCCCCUCAAACUUUCAGUUACCAGGAACCUGUGCUUGAAGGGGUGAAUCCCCAGAGAGGACCACAGGCAGGGGGAACCUCUCUCACCAUCACGGGCAAAAAAUUACUGACUGGCAGAGCCAUUGACAUCAGUGUGCUGCUAGGAAAUGUCCCCUGUGUCAUUGUUGCAAAUGUGGAGGAAGGCAGGAUCGAGUGUGUCACAGGAGCCAGCAACCAGACUGGAGACCACAUAGUAACUGUGCGCUAUGGCAACCUUGAACGCUAUCUCAAUGGCAUCCACUUUCACUACACCCCAAAUCCUAACAUAACAGAUGCCACCCCUCCGAAAAGCUUCAUCAGUGGGGGUCGUGUGAUCAAAGUGCAUGGUCAUAACUUGGACGUAGUCCAGGAGCCACGGAUCCGAGUGACCAUGACGAGGAAAAGAGGUAGACGGAGAAGAAGGAGAAACAGAGGGAGCGUUAUAGCUGAGGGCAGUGGUUUGCUGUGGAGAAACAAGAGGAUAAUUCCAGAUAUAGACAGUGCAGAGAACACUGGCAAAUAUUUUGAAGAACGGUGUGAGGUAAACACUUCCUCUCUACUGCUGUGUCGUAGCCCUGGUGUGAGCUCUGAGGUGUUCGAAUCUGAUGUGCUGUUGGAGUUUCUUCUGGAUAAUUUGCGCUUCAACUUUAACUCAGUCAGCAAAACGUCUUCUGUUUUUACCUAUGAACCUAACCCGACCCUCACCCCUCUCAACCACCUUAACCCCACUGAGCCCUACCGCUACAAACCUGGUUCAGUCAUAUCAGUCGAGGGGCAGAAUCUAGACCUAGCGAUGUCUAAAGACGAGGUGGUGGCUCUCAUUGGUGAGGGCAUAUGUAUGCUUAAAACUCUGACAAGGAACCACUUGUACUGUCAGCCACCGGCCCAGCAGCCGUCCCCUUCCCACAACCACGGACGCAAGAGAGAAGGAGCUGAUGCACUCCCGGAGUUCACAGUACAGAUGGGGAAUCUGAACUUUUCUCUGGGAAGGGUGCAGUAUGACACCCUCAGUCAGUCCACCUUUCCUUUGGAGGCACAGAUAGGGGUUGGAGCAGUGGCCUCUCUUGUCGUCCUUAUCGUUGUGAUCAUUGUUCUUAUUUACAGGAGGAAAAGUAAGCAGGCUCUGAGGGAUUACAAGAAAGUUCAAAUUCAGCUGGAGAAUCUAGAGACGAGUGUGAGAGACCGGUGCAAGAAAGAAUUUACAGACUUGAUGACUGAAAUGAUGGAUAUGUCAAGUGAUCUGGUGGUAUCUGGGAUUCCAUUUCUGGAUUACAAGAUGUAUGCUGAGCGCAUCUUUUUCCCGGGUCAUCGGGAGUCACCACUGCGCAGGGACCUGGAUGUGCAGGACUGCAGACGGGCCACAGUGGAGCAGGGCCUUGUGCAACUUUCCAACCUGCUCAACAGCAAACUCUUCCUCACCAAGUUUAUCCACACUCUAGAGAGCCAGAGGACAUUCUCUCCCAGAGACCGAGCCUACGUGGCCUCUCUGCUCACUGUAGCCCUACAUGGCAAGCUGGAGUACUUCACUGACAUACUGAAAACAUUGCUUAAUGACCUGGUGGAGCAGUACGUUGCCAAGAACCCUAAACUCAUGCUUCGAAGAACUGAGACUGUUGUGGAGAAGCUCCUGACCAACUGGAUGUCUAUAUGCCUUUACUCUUUCCUGAGGGACUCGGCGGGGGAGUGUUUGUACAUGCUUUUUAGAGCCAUAAAGCACCAGGUGGACAAAGGGCCUGUGGAUGCAGUGACCGGCAAAGCCAAAUACACCCUCAAUGACAGUCGGCUUCUCAGAGAGGAUCUGGAGUAUCAUACACUGACUCUGAAUGUGCUAACGCAGGGAGUAGGAAUGAAUGAGACUCAGCCGGUAGCAGCUAAAGUACUAGACUGCGACACUAUAACCCAAGUCAAAGAGAAGAUUCUAGACCAGGUCUUUAAGGGAACCUCAUACUCCCAUAGACCACACACAGACUCGCUGGACUUGGAAUGGCGUUCAGGUGUUGCAGGUCACCUCAUUCUGUCAGAUGAAGAUCUAACAUCUGUGGUACAGGGCAACUGGAAGCGCCUCAAUACACUCCAGCAUUACAAGGUUCCUGAUGGAGCUACAGUUGCACUGGUGCCACGAAAUAGCAAACACAUCCACCAUGACAACCAUGACUAUGUGGCAGGAGAGAAGACGCCCAUGCUUGAGGAUGCGGAUGAGGGAGGAGUCAGACUGUGGCAUCUUGUAAAAGCCAGUGAGGAACCUGAACUGCCCAAACACAGAAGAGGCAGUUUGAGAGAGAGAGAGAGGGCCAAGGCCAUACCGGAGAUCUACCUCACACGACUGCUCUCCAUGAAGGGCACACUGCAGAAGUUUGUUGAUGACCUGUUCACCGUGAUUCUGAGUACAAGUCGGCCCGUUCCCCUCGCUGUGAAGUACUUCUUUGACCUGCUGGAUGAUCAGGCAACACAUCACGGCAUCUCAGACCCAGAAACAAUCCAUAUUUGGAAAACCAACAGUCUGCCUCUGCGCUUCUGGAUCAACAUUGUGAAGAACCCUCAGUUCAUCUUUGACGUGCAAGCAUCCGACAACGUGGACGCUGUCCUGUCUGUCAUCGCCCAGACCUUCAUGGAUUCCUGUACCAUUGCUGAGCAUAAACUGGGCAGGGACUCCCCCAUCAACAAGCUGCUGUAUGCCAGAGACAUUCCCCGUUAUAAACAGAUGGUGGAGAAGUACUACGCUGACAUCAGGCAAACGAUCCCAGCUAGUGAUCAGGAGAUGAACUCUGCCUUAGCUGAGCACUCCAGGACUUACUCAGGAGAGCUGAAUUACCUAGUGGCCCUGCAUGAGCUGUACAAAUAUAUCAACAAAUAUUAUGACCAGAUCAUCACUGCCUUAGAAGAGGACACCACGGCUCAGAAGAUGCAGCUCGGUUAUCGUCUUCAACAGAUCGCGGCCGCGGUGGAAAACAAAGUGACAGACUUGUAAUUAAGAGAUCAGAAUGAGAUGAUUGACAGGAGAGGAAAGAAACGAGAAGGUGAAAGACAUGGGUUGCACUGAAGAAUGGACCUACUGUAUGUAUUGACUGCAGAGAGUUGUGUAGAAGCAGCAAAUGAGAACCACAGCUCUGUGGGCAUUGACUUGGGCAACGACGGAGUAAACACACUGCCACUUUAUAUGGGAAGAUGUGUGAUAAGACUACAUGGUUUUUGUCAUUAUCUGAGAGAUUAGUAAAUCAGAGACUCUCUGAAUGAUGGAACAGGUUCAGGAUGCAGUUCUGUCACAGUCCUUCAGAAAACAAAGAGGACAUGUACUAAUGCAGUGGGAUGUGUGUGUGUGUGUGUGUGAAGAGGACCAGCGGUGUUGUCCGUCUCCUCCACUACUCCAUCAGGUGACUACUGCAGUUUUUCCAACACAAUGAACAACUGUGGUCUCUCCAGUUCAAGCCACAUUUAGCAUUCAGAAUCAGUACUGACUGAGAAUGGGCUCACGUUCACAUAGACAGACAUGUCACGAGGAGGAAUAUGACACUUGUCAAAAGUAGAGACAAGUAAGGCUUUAAAAGCAUGAAAAUGACUCGUACAGGUCAAAAACAAAAUCUGUGCCUCACAGAACACUCGCUUCUUCCUGCCGUUCUCUACCUCUUCAUAUGUUUCUCUUUCCGAUUCUCUCUAUUUCAUUCUUUCUGCGUGUUCCUUCAAUACGCAGACUCUCCCGAUCCGUGCAGCAGUUACUGUGUGUAUGAGCUAAUAUAAUUGAUGUCCUUUUGUCUGUUGUCAUUUUAUUUUUCUUGCUUAUUGUCACUGGCAGGGCGUGAAAGAGUGAGCGUUCCUGGUUGUAAAACAUCAAUGCAGAAUCUUGUCAUUUUAGAUGAUUAUUUAUUUAAUAUUAGCACAUGUAACAUGCAUGUUCCACUUCUUCUAUCCGUCCGAGUCAUUUAAAGGAGCUCUGAUACUGAAAGAAAAAUACAGGUGAAAGAACGGUCAGUCAUCUCUAAUCUAGCACUAGAAUGCAUUUCAACAUUUUGUCUGUUGUAUUAAUGUAUUGUCUGUGUUUGGCACUAAAGAGAUAGCUGGUUAUUAUCCCCUCACAUUUUAAUUCGUUUACUGUUGUGUUUUGUUUUUUUUUGUUUUUUUGUAUAAGAAUCACUGGAAGGGCAGUAUGCAGGAAUACGACUCUGUAAAUGUGUUAGUUGUAAUGACUGAAGUAUCCUCUGUAUUUGGACAAAGUUAUGCUUCUAGACAUUAUGGACUUAUGGUUCUGCUCUAAACAUUCCUUUUAUAAGAGAAACUGAUCUCCAAAUCAUUAGCCAUUGAAAAGUAUUUUGCAUGUGUGCGAGUGUGUGUGUGUGUGUGUGUCUGUGUGUGUGGAUGGGAGACCGCUUCAGUUCCUACUACAGUGUGGGGUCAAUAUUUCAUUUUCCUACAUUGCCUUCAGCUUAUCAUUAUCAACAAGUGGAUUGAUGACUAGCCAUUUUAAUUUUAGUGUUGUUUUUUUUUUUUUUAAUUUUUGUUGUUUUUAAAAAACUGUUCUUAGCAUCCAUCCUGAAACAGACACAUAGAAAGGGAGAGAAAACUUCACAUCAGAUCAGUUAACUCGAAAAGAGGCUAAUAUGCGGAAAAGAUGGGACUAGUGAUACAUAAAGGAUUCAAUGGUACAUUAAAUGUAAGACACAUGCACCACAAGUGUAAUUAGCGGUGUGAGAAGAUGUAAUUGUAUAAGAUAAAACACGUGCAGACGUUUCAGAAGGAAGUAUCAAGUUAUAACUGUUAUUAGGUUAUCUAAAUUAUGUGUAGACUAGAGCAGGCUCUUUUAAGUUUGAAAAUAUGUUGUUAAUAUCGUCCUACAUAAUGAUUGUGUUUCAGCUGUAGCUUCUUACCAACAGUAUGUGAAGAUUUUUACAAAUUAUAUGGAGAUUUAAUAAAAAUAUUCUAAAAGAU